AUGGAUCAAACAUACGCUGAGCCGACGGUCAUAAUCGCUAAGCAAUCGAAUAUUCCGGCCACUAAAAUGCAAACACUGUUUGCCAUACAAUACAUCAAAACCACCAAUACAGCCUAUGAUGAUCGCAUUAAAUGGGUUAAUUUAGGGCUCAAUAAGUAUAAAACAGAUUUUGCAAACUCUGCGAUAUCACUGUUCACUUUUACGUCGGGUACGGAUACUGAUAUUUACGAUCAGUAUAAUGGAUGGCAGUCCGCCGAAGUAUUGGAUAUUUUGAAACCACCUACUAAGACCGCAGAACUCAUGGACUUUGAAUACGUUUUGAACCACGGAAACGCUUUAUUCACUAAUAGGGACAAAGGGGGCACCUUUAUCAUUGUAAUCGGUGGACCCGGGAUCAAGACAGCCAAUAGUGUGGACAAAGUGAACAAACUGGCCGUACAGUUGAGGGAUAAGGGCAUCAAAUUGAAUAUAAUUGUCUUCCCCUUUGAUUCGCACGACAACAGAGUGUUUGCGUCUCCGCUCUUCCAAACGGCCGCAUCCGUGACGAGUGGACGGGUAGUCUACGUGCGCGAGGACUCAUCGGCCGCUCGCACGGCCCACCAAUUUAUCAAAGCUUUCGGCAGUCUUACCGAUGAUUACCAGAUAAUCGAUGAGAAAUAUAUCGACUCUUCGGGCGAAAAGCCAAUUGACUUCAAGUUUAGUGUCGAUAGGAGCCUGUCGUCAAAGAGUGCCAGGGUCUAUUUUAUACGCACAGACACCGGUUCCUCGUACAGCAAAUUAACUGACCAUAAACUAAAACUGCCUACGGGUAGAUCUAUUGAGAACUUUGUAUCAAGAGGCUCUUUUCUCGAGGGCUUUAUUGUGAAAGAUAUAUCGGAUGACGAUUUAUCGGGUGAAUGGCAGCUGAGUGCCAAUCGCGACGAUACCAGUGUGCCGGUGAUAGCUGUGGCAGAGUUUGCCACCAAUUCAGUGGACGACACCGUUAUUAAGGCUCAGUGUUUGCUCAAUACGCAAGUGUUUAAUCCGAAGACCGACACUAAUAGGCCGGUCAUGGCUUACGUCAACAUCCAUAAGAAACUGGACGAACUCAUAGCCAAUGUUUCGGUCAAAUUGAGUGUCAUUUAUGAUGCAAAGGGAAGUCAACCGAAAGUCAUCGAUAUGUAUGACGACGGGUCGGGCGCACCGGACAUCACGAAAGGCGACGGAAUAUUCUCCAACUAUAUCACAGACAUAGGAAACCAGGGCUACUGGACGGUCAGCGCCGAGAUUACAAACAUUGAGAGUACGGUCGACUUCACCACAAACUUCGGCAGCACUUCUCUGCCAAAGACGUCCAGUGAUAGCGCCUGUUGUGGCUCACGAGUGGACGGGAAAACAACGCCAUUUCCGUUAAGUGUAACCAAAUUGAGCCGAAAGUUAGAGUGCGGCACACUUUUCGUAACUAAUAAGGACGAGAAUCGCGAAUACCCGCCCAAUCCGGUCAGGGAUUUGAGGGUAGAGUCGGUUGAGUACGAGAACCGGACUAUUAAUCUGUUGUGGACAGCGUCGGGAGGGGACUACACUACAGGCUUUACCGACAUGUAUACGAUCAAAGCCUUCCAUCAAAAGGAUAACCACGAAGAGGACGAAAAACAGCUGCAAGAGAUCAGAACCAAGUUUAACAACUUGCACAGCGCCGACAUCAGCGUUACCUUCGAUACUAUGGCUGACCGUUACGGCAAAGAGCAGAGAUGUCAGAUCCGGUUCAAUACGGACACCGGAGGCGUGUAUUACGUGGCUCUCAGGGCGAAAGACACCGACAAAUACGAGAGUGUUGUGUCCAAUGUAGUGCUGGCUUAUAUCAAAAGUAAUGUAAUCAUUCAGAGCACAACCGCUUUUGCAAAUGAUGUUAGCAUAUAUCAA